GUCUUCCCGACGAACUCAUUGCUCCUCGCAACUGCGACGACCCUUGCUCUGCUACUGCAAGCUCCAGCAGUAGUACUGGCGCAAUCACAAUUCGACUACUCCCAGCAACCGAUACCCAUCCCCUUCUUGCAGGGGGACAGGUACCCCGACAGGCCCGAGACGGACGUCUGCAGACCCAUCUUCGACCACAUCCGUCGAGACUCGACCCGCUUCACGAACGAGCUGGUCUUCAACACGAACCCGCGCGUAACGUUCGCAACGUCCGACUCGCGACGCAUGACGUCCAGGAUGCAGACGCGAUUGGACAGACUCCGGGAAAUUUACGACGGAGCCUUCACCGUUCGCAAGGCCUGGAGCGAGUUUCCCGACAGUGAUGUGGCGGACAGCCAGUCCCUGCACUAUGAAGGUCGGACUAUUCGUGUGUAUGUUCAAGACCAGCGUCGAGUGUCAGAGUUUCUCACCAAUGCAGUGCAGGCUGCAUUCGACUGGGUUUCUUACCAGAGCAAUAAUUACGUCCGUCUCAGUGUCAUUCCUGACAACUGUGAGAACAAUGUGGACCUUGUGUUCAUACUCGAUCAGUCGGGAAGUGUCGGAUCUUACAAUCAUGCUCUUGCCAUCCUCUUUAUCCUGAACGUCAUCCAGUAUUUUUCCAUCUCGCCGGAUGCGACUCGCGUGGGCUUUGUUGCCUAUUCCCGCCGCUCGCACGUAGAGUUUGACCUCAAUGACUUUACCACUGCCGAGUCUCUGGCCGUCAGAAUCAGCAAUAUUAAUUACAGGGGCGGCGCAACAGCUACGGCACUGGCUCUCAACGACACGGCCUUUCUCCUCAACCCAGACAGCAACCGCGGGGCUCGCCCCACCUCCAGGGGUAUUCCAAAAGUCGCUCUUCUCAUUACGGACGGAAAAUCCAACCAAUACCCCUUAACAUAUGCUGUUCCGCACAUCAAGAGUCUUGGUAUACAGGUGUACGCUCUCGGCAUUGCAAACCCUGAUGUGAAUGAACUUCAGUUCAUAGCUAGUGACCCGGACAUUGAGCAUGUGUUUCUGCUCAACUCUUACAACGAUGCGGCUGGGUUCGUCGACUUUCUCACCAUCCAGACAUGUGACACUCCAGCCAUCAUAGAUCCAGGCGACAACACGACGACAGAGGUCCCCGAGGGAGGGAUCCGAUACUUUCAGGUCCAGUGCGACUCUUUCUCCAACAUGGUCCUCGUGGAGUUGUACGACAACACUGGGACCAGUUUUCUCUAUUGCUCGGCGACAGAGGCAAACCCAGGACCCCUGACCAGCAAUACUGCUGUCAACAAUACAGUUGGUAUUACCGUCCGCACCUGUGUUGUUUCUCUGGCCAACACCAACUCACGGGUUGUGUACAUUGGGGUCCGAGGUGCGGAUGAGAUAAACCAGUUCACAGUGGUGGUGUGGGACCAGCUGUUUUCUCCCGCUGAAGAAGAGAUUGUUGUCCUCGAAGGACAGACUGGAGCCGUGUACGAGAUCUCUGCCAAUUUCAAUGCCGGAGCCAAUGGAAUCACGUUUCAGUAUCUCAUCACUGAAGGUAACACAGGUGGUGUGUUUAGUGUGAACAGAAGAAAUGGCCGGAUAUCAGUUCCACCUCAGGGGCUCGCUUUCGAUGCCAGCUCCUUUUACAGUCUGUCCAUAGUGGCAGAGAAUGUGGACGAUAGCUGCCAGCGCUCGCGGUUCAGACUCAAUGUGCGGGUUGGUAGGAACGGGAUCGUUUUCCCCGACUUGGCAGCAGUGUCUGUGUUAGAGACGGCAUCGGUAGGCGACGAAGUAACCACUAUAAUUGCAACCGGCGGUGCUGGACAAAUCGAAUACUCUUUACUCAGCAGCAAUGUCCCUUUCAGGAUAGAAGCAACAACUGGAAGAAUAUUAGUCGAUGGCGGGCUCAAUUUCGAAGACGAGAUGCAGUAUAGCAUUGUGGUACAGGCAGAGAGUGUAGGUACCAUAGUCAGUGGAAAUGCUACUCAGGUGGUCAAUAUUGACGAUGUCAACGAACAGCCAGAGUGGAGCACACAGUGUGCUCGCAAUGACAUCUGUACUGCAUCGAUCACGGAGAACCUCCCUCCUCGAGCUCUUGGUAGCAGACUUGAAGUAGUGGAUCCCGACUUACCAUCAGUUCCCAAUGGUGUCAUCACUUAUACAAUCACUCCAAAUGAUGCUCGGGUGCUUUUCUCUGUAGGCAGUGAUGGUACCGUGAGAACUAUAGGACCGCUUGAUUGGGAAGCUAGAGAUACACACACCCUCAUUGUGACUGCCGCCGAUGGGGGGACCCCUUCAUUAUCUGUCACAACGACAUUUCGGGUCACAGUAUUGGAUGAAAACGACGUACCACCCACAUUUGUGCAAAGCCCAAUGCAGAUUAGCAUACCUGAAAAUGAGCCCGUGGACACAGUCAUAGCGCAGUACAUUGCCACAGAUCCUGACACGGAACCAAAUGCACAGAUCACCUACAGCCUCAGCCCUAUCUCAGGCCUUCCCUUUGGACUAAACCCCGACAAUGGAGCUCUCAGCAUCACUCAAAAUAUCGACUAUGAAGAUCCAGACAGUCGAAGUUUUCUUGUAACAGUAACGGCUAACAACAAUCCCUUGUCAACCAGUGUCCAGACUCGAAUAGAUAUAACUGAUGUGAACGACAACACACCAGUAUUUCAGGCAGACGGUUACACCUUCACCAUCCAGGAGCACACAAACAUUGACAGUGCAUUUAGCGCUGUACUUGCGACGGAUGCAGACAGUGGCUUGAAUGGGGAUGUGAGGUACUCUAUAAGAGGUGGAAACUCUCAGGGGUUCUUUUCCAUCGUUUCUACAACCGGUGCCAUCUCAGUAGCAGCUGACAUAGACAGGGAGCAGGUGAGUAGCGUGGAGCUAAGGGUACAAGCAAGGGACAGAGGAUCACCUCGUCUCUCUAGCAGAGUCACCGUUACCGUCAAAAUCUCAGAUAUAAACGACAACCCACCAGUUUUCGACCCUGACAGUUACGCCGUUUCCCUUCGAGAAGACAAGCCAGUCGACGCAUUGGCUUUCACAGUCUUUGCUACUGAUGCAGACGAACCAGGAACUGACAAUUCGAGCAUUGUCUACAGUAUAACUCAAGGGAAUACUGGAAAUGCUUUUCGCAUAGACAACAGUGGGAUGGUCUUUGUCAAUACUGCUCUCAACCACGAGGCUCUUUCUUCAUACGUUCUGACUAUACGAGCAGACGAUCAGGGUUCUCCCCAAAUGUCGGACACGGCCACGGCAGUGGUGAGUGUCCUCAAUGUAAACGAGGCUCCACCAACACUGAGUGGGGAUCAGAGCAUUGACUUAUCAGAGAGCACUCCAACUGGAGUUAUAGUUGCAAGCUUCUCUGCCAGUGACCCAGACUUUACCACAGUCUCUAUCAGCAUAGUAUCAGGUAAUAGCGAGCAAAGGUUUGCCAUCAGUGAUGGUGGAGACAUCUCUUUAGUGGAUCAGCUAGACUAUGAAUUUACUUCCAGUUACACGCUGACAAUCCAGGCAAGCGACGGUGAACAGAUUGACACGGGUUCUCUUUUCGUGAAUGUUUUGGACGAAAACGAAUUCAUUCCUCAGUUCUCGGGACCGACAGAGUUCAGCAUUGAUGAGGAGCAAGCUAGUGGAGUAGUUGUGGGCACAGUGAAUGCAACUGAUGGUGACGGCACUGCUCCAAACAAUGCAAUAACUUACUCCUUUUCAACACAAAUCAAUCUCCAAGACCACUUUACCUUGGAUUCCACCAGUGGUGAGAUAAGAACAGCGACCGUCUUAGAUCGAGAGCUACUCACCGAUUUAUUUCCCGUACCUUCUUCGUCCCUGACUGUGCAGAUAUUUGCUCGUGAUGGGGGGUCCCCUUCGUUUCAAACCAACAAGGAGUUCACAAUCACUCUCAGAGACAUCAACGAUAAUUCGCCACUGUUUGGUGACAGUGAAUAUUCCAGCAACAUCUUUGAGAACCAGCCUUCACAGACGAUCCUGACCUUCUCUGCAGUGGACACUGAUCUUGGAACAAACGCCGACAUACGCUUUUCGUUCAGCGUUCAGCCACCGUCCGGAGCAUCUCUGUUCCAACUAGUCGACGAUACAGUUGGAGAAAUAUCAACCAUGGAAGGUUUGGACUGUGAAGUAGUGCCUGAAUACACCUUCACAAUCACAGCCAGGGACAUGGGCAAUCCUGUUCGCAGUUCCAAUGCAGUUGGCACACUUACUUUGAGAGAUCAGAACGACAAUGGCCCAGUAUUUGCACCAAUCAGUUCUUUUUUAGUAUUUGAAACUACCCCCGUUUUCGAGGUGGUGGCCACUGUUACUGCUAAUGACGCUGACAAGGGUUUGAAUGGUGAAGUAUUGUACGAGAUUUUGGGACAAGACGAUUUCGAAGAAGAGGGAGAGACAGUGGGUUUUGGUUUACCGUUCUUUGAGAUUGACUCUGACUCAGGGGAAAUCAGACACGUUACCCCGUUCAACUUUGAGUCCUUCCCCGAAGUAACCAUCACCGUGAGAGCUAACGAUAGGGGCACCCCACGACUGACUUCCACCGCACAGGUCGUGUUUACCGUGUUGAAUGUGGACGAGAGUGCCCCUCGUUUUGGGCGCAAUUGCAGGGACGUGACUCUACCUGAGAAUACGCCUGCAGACACGCUCAUAGUCGACUGCAUGGCAACUGAUAUCGACAACACCACUACUCCCGAUGACCCAGAAUGGAUCACAUACACCAUUGAUAGUAUAAAUGGAAACACCGACGAUACCUUCAGAAUAGGACUCCACGACGGUGUCGUACGCAACAAUGUAGACUUGGAUUUCGAGGCAAACAAUUUUUUCAGAUUGGUCCUCCGUGCAACCGACGGUUCCGGGAGAUCGAGAACCGAUACAGUGGAUAUAGUGGUAACAGAUGAGAACGACAAUGCCCCUCAAUUUCAGACGCAAUCAAUCCGAUUUGCAAUGACGUCGGAGGCAAUAGAAUCAAACACGCAGAUGAUAGCUACUGCCAGGGUCGCAGACAGAGACGCUGGGAGCAACAGUGAAAUUCGUUUUUCCAUCGCAGGGAACGGCAUCGAGAGAGUUAGCUCGACUGAGACUCGGGUCGUAAUAACUGCCACAGAUGAAGGGGCUACCCCACUGACGUCUACAGCUACACUCACAGUUCAGUUUGAUGAGGAAUGUCUCCUGCAGAAAUACACAAUCGACCCGUCCUCUGGGGAAGUGUCGGCAAAACUUCUCUGCUCAGUAGAAAUCACUCCAGACAAUACUGAGGUGGUACUAGGUGAAGACCAUAUUGCCUACUGCCGCAUAGCACGCAACAGCCCGGCCAUCUACCAGUGGAUCUUUAAUGGGAGUGCCAUUGACCUGACUGCCUCUUUAUCUGACGAGCAACAGCAGGCAACUCUGAAUGUUCGAAGCGUGGGUUACCAGGACGCUGGUGCUUACGCCUGCAAAGUCACGACAGAGGCGGGGAGCUUGCAGACUUCUACUUACACUGUCAACAUACUGGUUGUGCCUGUCAUAACUCUCCUUCGAGAGCCUACUGCUGUUUCUGAGAGUGCAUCUGUGGAGUUUACCUGCCGUGCAGUGGGGACACCGGCUCCUAGCAUCAGCUGGGAGUUCCAAGGCGGGACGGUGGCUACUGGAAACACUCUCACCAUUGAUAAGGCUGAUGUUUCUACACAGGGGGACUACUCUUGCGUGGCUGUUAAUGUUGCUGGUAGCACCACCAGAGACACAAGACUAGUAGUGUUUGUCACAGAUGAUGUUGCUGCUAUCGUUAUCAACAAUGUGGACCUGACAAGUCCGGAUGGUACAUGUCGUUACCUUGACCCAGAAACCAUUGAGGAGUUGCUGUCUCUGACUGGUGUGACAACCAUGGUCACCGGUAUAUUAUCGGCUGAUGACUUGUGCGAGAUCAGCAGCUGUAGCCCCAAUCCUUGCGGUAAUGGUGGUGUCUGUCAGUUGGACGAGAGUGUGGAGGGAGGUUACUCAUGCGCAUGUCUCGAGGGCUUUACCGGGGUUGAUUGUAUGACGGAUGUGGACGAAUGCCUAGCUGUUGUUCCGUGUGGGCCAACCGGCCAGUGUACAAAUGUCCCUGGAUUCUUCCAGUGCACAUGUGCCGACAGCACAGGGAACCGAUGUCAGUAUCCGACGUCGUGUGCAGAGCCUGGUCGAUGUGUGGAGGGGCAGCUGUGUAUGGAGAGUCUACAGGCUCCCGGUGGGUAUGUCUGCCUGGAGGCCAGUGGGGAGGAGACCCUGACUGUGGAUAGAGUGGAGGUCCAUGUGGGGUUCCUGGACGAUCUGCUGGUCAACUAUAGAGAAGCUCUCUUACAGCAGCAACAGGCAGCCACCAAUCAGCAGCAGUCACCAGCCAAUGAAUUGCAGUACACUUUCUCCAAGACAUUCUGCUCCCCACGUUUCCUCCGCCUCGAGGACGGAGGUACUCGCUACGGCCUGUUCUGGGACUGUGCUGACGGUGACUCCAGUCCACCUCCUGUCAUACAGCCACUGCUGUGUGAGGUACUGGUCCAGUCUGGACUGGUGGAGUCUUGCACAGCUUCCAACACUUCUGUUCUGACUCGCCCAACUCCCCCUCCCUCACUGCCCGCAAUUAGUGUUACCAUAGAGGUGAUCCAGGUGGACAGCUCUGGUGAGCCACUCAGUAUCGGGCAGACACUGGGCAACUUGGAGAGGGCCGCACAGGAGAUUAGACGGUCUGGUGUCUUCCCUGGAGCACAAGUGGGCAGUGUUUCUGCAGUCGUACCCAUUGAGUGCUCAUCUGGAUGUGUGAAUGGAGAAUGCACUGACAGGGAUCAAUGUACAUGUGAUGGUGGCUGGAUGGGGGUCUCCUGUAAUGAAGUAGCAAUUGUAGAAGCUACAGGUCAACAGAGGAAUGAGGGCAGCUCCACUGCAGUGAUUGUGGGCGUGGUAGUGGGUGUGGUUGUGGCUAUACUUAUCAUAAUCCUUGUCGUGAUUGUCGUCGUUGUUGUGAUCUCAAAGAGAAAGGAACACAAGAAACAAUCACAGCUGAAACAGAAGUAUGCGAGAGACUUGGCUGACAUGGAGUCUUCGACUACACAACUGCCCGGUGCACUGGUGUUGAAGCAACUUCCCCACAAGAGUUCCACUGAGGGACUGGACUCUGCAGCAGGCUCCAACAGAUCAACUGCACUGGUGACGGAAGAAAAUAGUGCCUAUAACCAGCUGCCAGCCCACAUGAACUCCACCGACAAUGACUAUGACGUGUUGCCUGCUCUGAAGAACAACACCAGCAAUUAGAGCCUUCUGCCUUGUGUCAUUAAUUACUGUGUGUCAUUAUAAUACUCAAGUGUAGUUA